AUGUCCGAAGAUGCUAUCGUACCGGCCAAUGCCCGAAAGCCGACUUUUGGGGACCGCGCCUCAAGCCUUGGACGCCGUAUUGUGAAGAAGUUCACAACCAAGCAUGGCCUCCUCGGUGACUACGACUAUGGCUUCCUGUUCCUGCCCAACAUCCCAUUCAUGAAGAAGGACCCCCGUGCCGCUCCAUUCUUCGGCCUCAAUGACCAGAUGCCUGUUGUCCUAGCACUUUUGCUUGGUUUCCAGCAUGCGCUUGCCAUGUUAGCUGGUAUUAUUACUCCUCCUUUGAUCAUGAGCGGUCAAGGAGGUGUCAAUCUGUCGGAGGGAGAACAGCAGUAUCUCGUUUCGACUUCUCUGAUUGUGUGUGGGAUUCUGUCUGCUGUUCAGAUCACGAGAUUUCAUAUCCGUGGAACACCAUACCACAUCGGAACAGGCCUCAUCUCCGUCGUCGGCACCUCAUUUGCAAUCAUACCUGUCGCUUCUGGUGCUUUCAAGCAAAUGUACGCUAAUGGCUUCUGUCCAAGUGCAGCAGACGGCACGCCCCUCGCCUGCCCAGACGCCUACGGCGCCAUCAUCGGCACCGCAGCCUGUUGCGCUCUUGUCGAAAUCCUCAUCUCAUUCAUGCCUCCUCGUUUCAUCCAGAAACUCUUCCCGCCCAUUGUUACCGGUCCAACUGUCAUGUUGAUCGGUGUCACUCUCAUUGGCGUCGGGUUCCAGAACUGGGCCGGAGGCAAUGGCCCUUGUGCGGCGAGACCGACGGAUGGGUUCUUCGAGCUCUGCCCCAAUAUCGCUGCCCCGCAUGCGCUGCCUUGGGGGAGUGCUCAGUAUAUCGGCCUUGGAUUCUCAGUCUUCGUUACCAUCCUGCUCUGUGAGCGCUUCGGAUCUCCUAUCAUGAAGUCCACAAGUGUCGUGAUUGGACUACUUACUGGUUGCAUUAUCGGUGGAGCCACAGGAUACUUUGACCGCUCUGGCAUUGACUCAGCUCCAUCAGCAUCCUUCAUCUGGGUAUACACUUUCAAACUCCAGGUCUAUGGUCCCCUCGUCCUUCCACUAAUGGCAAUUUUCAUCAUCUGUGCUUGCGAGGCUAUCGGAGAUAUCACCGCUACCUGCGAUGUUUCCCGUCUCGAUGUCGAAGGCGAGCUGUUCGAUUCUCGUAUCCAGGGUGGCAUUCUCGCCGACGGAAUCAAUGGAGUCCUCGCCGCUUUGAUGACUAUCACUCCUAUGACGACAUUCGCUCAAAAUAACGGAGUUAUCGCUUUGACACGGUGUGCGAACCGCUCAGCUGGAUACUGCUGUUGCCUGUUCUUGAUCAUUAUGGGUGUUUUCACGAAGUUCGCUGCUUCCUUGGUCGCUAUCCCAGGCCCGGUUCUUGGAGGGAUGACGACUUUCCUCUUCUGUGCUGUGGCAGUUGCUGGUAUGAGUAUCACGUCCAAGGUGCCCUUCGACCGACGAAAUCGGUUUAUCUUGACAGCUGCUAUGUCUCUUGGAUUCGGAGCAACACUCAUACCAAACUGGUUCAGCUACACCUUCACUUACGCUGGUGACAAUCGGGCUUUGCAAGGGUUUUUGGACGCUAUUGUCCUUGUCAUGGAAACUGGGUUCGCGGUGACAGCCGUGGUGGCAUUGAUUCUUAACCUCUCGCUUCCGUAUGAUGUCGAGGAUGAUACUGAGGCCAUCAGUGCGACGGAUGCCCAGGUUGCAACCUUCACAGAACAUGACACCGGGGCUGAAAUGAGUAAGCAGACGCCUGAGGUGGCUGAGAAGAAUGUCGAAGACUUGGCUGUAUAA